UUUAUUUUGCACUGUUAUUGUAGUGGGAAUCUCUGUUGUGUUGAAGUAACCCAGUAAGGGUGAAGAGAAACGGGGACUUGGGCUGAAGAAUGCUGUUGUAGAUGUAGAUGUGUGUACUAGAUAUCUACCCCAAACUCAACCAGAUAAGUUCUUUUCGAUCAUAAAAGGUUUUUUCGCAGACGUGAAAUGGGGACAUGCUAUUCCAGAAAUGUUGCAGAUGCUGCUUCAAGACAUGGAGAUCCAGCUCUUCGGCCAAGAAAGAGAGACUCCAAACGAGAAAAGAAAAGAUUGAAGGAGUAUGAUGUUGUUCCAAACACUGAGGAGCCUGUUGUGAGUGGGCAAAUAGAUGAGAGUGUUGUUUCUGCAUCAAGCCCUCAGGUAGAGAAAAUGCCUUGUGUGCUUACCCCCCCUGAUGUUGCUUCUACAAAGGAAGUGGAGCCAAGUCUUCAUGUGGGUGAACAGGGAGUGGCUCCUUCAGACAGUGGCAUUGAAAGUCUUGGGACUCUGGUUGAGGAGAACAUCCUCCGCCAGACAGAUGGUGUCAGUCGAGGGCAGUCAAGCUUGGCUAAGCGGUUGGAGCGUUUGAGUAGGGGUUCCUGUCACAAAUGCGGGAAUUUCAAAUUGGAUGACUCUGCUCUCACAGCUUUGCUGGCGGACACGUACUGUUUGUGUGGCCCACGUCAAGCUGGCAAACCCACAGUGAACCCACAGUGCCAGACUCAUGGCCUGUACAGAAGUAAGAGAAGUCCAUCAGAGUCUGUGUCCAGCCCUUCUUCCCCUCAGCGUGUCCUGUUUGAAUUUGCUUCCACUGCUUCCCUUGAUGCUGCACCUCUGAAGUCCAGCCUCAAGACUUCUGGGAGCACAAGUGCCAGAGACCGCAGUGUUCGAAUCUCUGUGAGAUCAACUGAGAGCUUAGAAGAGGCUCUCGCUGCUGUGCUUGUUCGGGACGGGAGUCGUAGUCCCUCAGAAGAAAAAGCUCCUUUGGCUCAGGGCGAGUCUUCGGACAAUGUGCUACUGAGCAGGUCGUCACUUCGUUCUAAAGGACUUGGAGCAAGUAGCAGGAGUCUUCUCACUGAAAUUCUCGACAUCACAGACUCCAUUUGUAAAUGUGACUUCUACUCUAAUGAGUACUGCUGUACAAACGGUGUCCACAGUAAUGGGGAUACUGCUGACAGGAGAUUUCUGACUUCGGAGAAUGGAGAGUCCUGUGGUGACCCGUUUUCCGAUACUGUUAAUGGGAAAAACAUGUGUUCACAGAGCAAUGGGGGUAGCGCUGGUAAUCUGGCUAAUGAUGCAAAAGAUUCUCAACAAAGCUCUCCUUUACACAACGGGCUCUGUACAGAGUCACCCUCAAGGGGAGAUGCCGCUUAUAAGAAAUGUGCAAGUCUACCCAAAAACGUUUCGUUUGCAACAGAAUCAGAAAGCCAGCUCAGCUCCAAAUUCUUUUCUCCGUCCAAGCCAUUGUCUAAAGGAAAAGCAAUGUUGCCCAAUGGCCUUCCUGAGUCCAGUGUCUCAGACACCUCUUCUGGGGUGUUCACAAAUCAUAGUGCUUCAGAAUCCUACCUUGCAAGUGCCUUUAAAGAUUCACACAAGCGUUCCGCCUCUCUUGGCAGUCGUGGGUUGAUACUAAGUGACAGUAGUAGUGAAGCCCUGGAUGGACCCACAGACGACGACCUUGACAGUGCAGAUUUAGACAGCCUCAGUCGUGUUACAUCUCUUUCCUACAGUAGCAUCAGACAACUGGUGGAGAGCAGCGAAGAGUUGUGCUCUCCCUUGGCACGUCGCAUGCUUCUGGACGGUGAGGAGUGCGUGGUGAUGCCGGCUGAGGCUUACGACCAAAUGCGAGCUGACCUGGCCAUCCUGAGGCAACAGUUGGGCAUGUUGUCCUCCCUCAUGCUUGAGGAGGUGGAAGGGAUGGAUCUUGAAGAAGAGGAGGGUUCGUCCUUCAUCACUGUUGUGGAUGUACCAGGUCACACAAUCGAUUCAACGACUGGGAACUGAUUUAUGUACAAGACUCACCACAAAUGUUCUUACUUUUACUGAGAUUAUUUUAUUUGUUGUCAGUCUGGAAAGUUUGUAAACUGUUUGAGUUUUUCAGGUUUUAUUUUGGUUUUAGAAGGUUGUCUGAGUUUCCCUUUUUCUGAGAACCUCAUAAAUUAUCCAAUUAUCAACGAAAUAGCCAUCUGUAGGAAUGGAUAUAUAUAAAUAUACAUAUUAGAAAUAAUAUAGAUAUAUAUAUAUAUGCUAGCUGUAUGAGAAAUAUGUGCACUUCAUACUGAGCAUGAAAUACGAAACAGAAUAAUACAAAGUAUUGGUCUGUUUUGUCGUGUCUCCAUAAACUUAGUGAACAGUAUAUGAUAUUAUAUAUUCUAAAAAGCUUUCCAACAUAGCAGUUAAAAUGAAUUAAGUAAAAUGUGGUCAUUCCUAGCAGCCAAUGUUUAUUCAAUAAUACCUGAAGCUGAUUCUAACCCUGCUGUCAAAUUUAUUCUAGCUUUAUCUGGUAUCUGGUUAAGCUUGGGUAUAUUUUGACAUGGGUUUCUUUGCAUUAUACCAUUUUGGCAUUUGAGAGUGUAAUAGAUAGUUGGGGUUGCUAGUUUCUGUCAAUGAUUAAAAAUGUGCGAACGGUAAUUGUCUUUGCUAGAUUUUGCUGAGACCGAUGUCUCUGUCAAAUGUCGUGAUGUGUUGAUAUCUCUUUACGUCAAGAUGGUAGUGGACCAAACUAUCAUGUGUCAAAAAGACGGAACACAAAAAAAAACAACUAAUGUAUUCACACACUGCAUCUCCCUCAUGAUACCUAUUGCAAGUGUAUGUUUUGGUUGGGUUGUUUUUUUUAAGAUACUGGUUUUCCGUUUUUAUGCCAGAGGCAUCCUGUGGUGUACUGCCAUAUUUCUCCCUGAUAAAGAAAAUCCUACCUCGAGCUACAGUAGUUUGGUCACAUGUUCUUGACAUGGUAGAGUAAAGUCACCAGUUAAAAACUCCUCUCACUAAUGUUUAUGGGGCCGGGAGUUUUUGUUUAUCAAUGGCUAGCACAACUUUUGACUCUUAUAACUUUAUUUAUGGUGCAUUCCAUUUCAAUUAUUAGCUGCGUAUCAGGUUGAAGUCCAUGAUGUUUUUAUGCUCAAGUGAGAACGUUUUUCUUUUUCUUUUAUUCUUUUUUUCGACCAAUGUCUAAACUUUACUUGCAGUUUGGUUGGUUUUGGGGUUCUGAUAUGGUAAUAAUGUUAUAAGAAUCAACAAAACAAUUACAUAAGAUUGGAAGAGAGAAAGAUGACAGGUUUAACGCAACAUCUAUUUUGCAAUUUAUUUUUUAUGCCUGUGGUUUAGGUUUAUCUUUCUGGAGGGUUUUUUUUUUCAGUUUUUAAAAUUUCAUAUUUCAUUAAAUGUCCCACAGAUAAAGUUGCACAUCACACACAGUUGAAAAAUACAUACCUGUACUAUUGUAGGUUCAUAUUUCACAAAUCUCAUUUUUUGUCAGUGAUGUUGUCACUGUUGUAAAUGUUAGUUGUUAUUUCAAGGUCACUGUUCAAGUUUUUACUUGGAGGUUUUCUCUCAAAAGGCAAAGGAUCAUUUUUUACAUUUUACUUUCAGAAAUAUGAGAGCUUGGUUGUUUGCUAUGUUUUAACUUUGAAAACUGUCUCACGCCUUUCGGGUUUUAAAAAAAUUAAAGACCUUUGCUCCACACCUACUUGAUAUAAAUUGAAUUGCAAGACAAGGGAACUACCUUUCAUAUUAUCACCAGUGAAAGUAAAGGAACUAUAUCAAAAGCCAUCAAGUUUUGUCCUGAUGAAGAAAUAUCUUCAUUGACAACUGAAUGCCAGUGCUGAAGAUGAAAUCUGUUACAAAGGAACAGCCGAGGACAGAAGUUAGAGGGCGCCACUGUUAGGUUCCACUUCUUUAUUUUCCCUGUGUUGUUUCUGACUGUCUCUCUUACUUUUCCCUGGUACGAAACGGCCUUUAUUGUGUUGAUGUGCUUCUAUUUACUCAAACAAACAAGGACAGAAGUUGCACCCUAUGAGCUAGUUUGCUUAAUGUAGGAGUUUUGAAUGUUAUUUAAUUUACCAAAGUGACCAUGUUUUGGGAGGUGACAGCGCAGUUUUCAGUCUGAGGCUCGCCAAAGCUUCAGGGUCGACUGGAGUGUGUAGGCAUUUCUUUUACUGUUCCCAUGAAAAACUACGUUGGGCGAUUGUUUGUUAAAAUUUGUUCUCCACAUUUAUUUCUCUUACAAUUUAAAAACAUAUUCUUAUUAUCACUGAAUAUUGCAUUCAAAAUAUUUUUCAUCACACUUCAAACCAGUGUUGUUAUAAAAGGUGUUCUGGAGUACACUUCAAAAAUACUUUUUUAUAAUUUUUUGGUUGAAACACAGUUCCUGGUAUUUUUUUAUGAAACGUUUCUGAAUUAUCAUGUCUUGACUUUAAAAAUUCAAACUUAGAUUUUUGUCAUUUUGUUCAAGAAUAUUGCCUGCAAAAUGUGUUUUUUGUAUCCUGGACAAAUGUUCAUGUUCAGAAAGACGUUUAUAGCUUUUGUUCUGGGGAAAGUUCUUCUUAUACAGGGUGUCUAAAAAAAGGAGGACUCACUUAAAGGGUAAUAACUCGGUCAUCUCUACACCAGUUUCAACCAAAAUUCAAACAAAUAAAGUUCAACCCUGCGGACGUCGCGUCUGUAAAUAUGAAGAAAAUCAAUCAAUGUGUUUGAUAAAUAUCACGUUUUUAAAAUUUACAUCAAUAUAGGGUAAAACACAAUUUUACUUCUUAUAAGGGUUCAGUUACGA